ACAACACAACGUCACUCUAACACCCCGAACACAUCAGAAAACAUGUCGGCCGCAUCUCCUCGUAAGUCCACACGAGCGGCAGCUUCACGUCGAAAAGCCCCGAUCAUCGAAGAUUCAGACGAGGAGGAAAACACACCGCCACAAGUCAAGCAAGAGAGCGAGGAAGAGUUUACACCCGCUCCACAGAAGGUCAUUCGACGAGGGCGGGCACGUAAAACGGUUGAUGAGACUGCGACACCAAAGACGUCGACAAGGAGGCGCACUCGCCACGAGGAUGCGAUCGAGCCUUCGCAAAUAUUUAGUCCAGAGAGCUCGGUAGUCGAGCCAGUAUCUCCUACGAAGAAACAGUCGCCUAGGAAGAGGAGUAGUGGGAAGACCACCAGAAAAUCUCGCGCCUCAGUUGCCGGAGGCGUCGUCGAAGAUUCACAGCUCCCUACUCCCGAUUGCUCUGUCUCGCCUGAGCCCCCGAACGUACCUGGCACCCCGCUUGCCGAUAUCACCGAGAAUGCUAUCAACGAGAGUACAAUCGUGCCGGAGACACAAAAUACGGUUGAGAAAGUCAAUCCCCACCACACUGUCUUAGAGAAACCCAUGGACAUUAUAGUACGCAAGCGUGCCGCGCUACCGGUUGUCCAGGAGCCCGCUGUUCCGAAAUCGCGCCUCGUUAUUACAUAUCUGGUCCUCACAAACUUCAAGAGCUAUGCGGGAAGACAAGAAGUUGGUCCAUUCCACGCUUCAUUCUCCUCCGUGGUUGGUCCGAACGGGUCCGGUAAAUCGAAUGUCAUCGACUCUCUGCUGUUUGUCUUUGGCUUCCGCGCGAGCAAAAUGAGACAGGGUAAGAUCUCCGCUCUUAUCCACAAUUCGGCGGCAUUCCCGAAUCUGGAAUACUGUGAGGUGGAGGUUCACUUCCAGGAAGUCAUGGAUCUCGCUGGUGGUGGGCAUGAUGUUAUUCCAGAUUCGCGAUUGGUUAUCUCACGACGGGCCUUCAAAAAUAAUGCGAGCAAAUACUACAUCAAUAACAAGGAGUCGAACUUCACCGUAGUCACGACACUUCUGCGGGACCGGGGUAUUGAUCUAGACCAUAAGCGAUUUCUCAUUCUGCAAGGUGAGGUUGAGUCGAUUGCGCAAAUGAAACCAAAAGCAGCAAACGAGCACGAUGACGGCCUGCUCGAGUAUCUGGAAGAUAUCAUCGGUACCUCCAAGUAUAAGACGCCUAUCGACGAAGCCGCAGCCGAAACAGAGACGCUCAAUGAAGUAUGCUCCGAGAAGAGCAACCGGGUUCAGCACGUAGAGAAGGAGAAGAGUGGGCUUGAAGACAAGAAGAACAAGGCUUUGGCUUUUAUCCGAGACGAAAAUGAGCUGGCUACGAAACAGGCCGCUCUAUACCAACUCUUCAUUUCUGACUUCGACGAUCACAUUCAAGUCUCUCAGGAAUCCGUCACUCAGAUGCAAGCGCAACUGGACGAAGAGCUAGAGAAGCACCACGGAAGCGAGGAGGUCAUCAAACAACUCGAAAAGCAGUACAAGAAGGGCACUAAAGAGUACGAGCAACUUGAAAAGCAGACUCAGGCGGUGCUCAAGGAAAUGGCUCGCAUUGAUAAGGAAACUGUCAAGUUCGAGGAAAAGAAAAAGUUCCUUGCUGGCAAGCAAAAGAAGCUGGAGAAGGCCAAAGAGACUAGCAAGUUCGGCAUCUCUGAGUCUGACACCCUCGCAAAACAGUACGCCGACGACAUUGAACGGUGCGCUGCUGAGAUUGCGGAUUUGGAGAAGACCAUGAAAGUUGAAGAGAAGGAACUAGAGGCUAUCCGUGCCAGCCUCGCCGGAAAGACCCAAGGACUUUCGGACCAGAUUGCAGCCAAGCAAAAGUCCCUUGAACCUUGGAGCGCGAAGAUAAACGAGAAGCAAUCCGCCAUUGCCGUCGCUCAAAGCGAGCUCGACAUUCUUCGUGAGAAAGAGAACGCCGGGGCUGUAGCUAUCUCGGAUGUCGAGGCAAAGAUUGCCAGUUUCGAAGAAAACAAGAACGCAAAAACUGCAGAGCUGGAAGAGUGCAAAGCCGAAAAGAAGAAGGUCGAAAAGGGUGCCCAGAAAGUCAAGGCUCAGAUCGAUGAUUUGACACAGAAGGAGCCUACGAUCCGAAUGAAGCUUUCUGGCGCAAGACAGAAGGCUGAUGAAGCUCGCGCAAGCCUUUCCGCAACCCAAACCCAAGGCAAUGUCUUGACAGGGUUGAUGCGACUCAAAGAAUCCGGGAGAAUCAACGGGUUCCAUGGCCGACUUGGGAACCUUGGUACCAUUGAUCAGAAGUAUGACGUUGCUAUAUCUACUGCAUGCCCUGCCUUAGACAACUUAGUGGUGGACUCCGUUGAAGUUGGUCAGCAAUGCAUCGACUACCUCCGAAAGAACAACCUCGGACGAGCGAAUUUCAUACUCUUAGACCGACUUGCACACCGCGACUUGUCCGAGAUCGAAACGCCAGAGAAUAUCCCUCGGCUUUUUGACCUCGUGACGUCGAAGCACGAUAAUUUCAAACCGGCGUUCUUCAGUGUCUUGCAGAAUACUCUCGUUGCCAAAGAUCUCGAGCAAGCAAACCGUGUGGCCUAUGGUGCGAAGCGAUGGCGGGUCGUGACCCUAGAUGGCCAACUCAUUGAUAAGUCUGGUACUAUGAGUGGUGGUGGCACCCGAGUUGCCAAGGGCGGAAUGUCGUCCAAGCUUGCUGCAGAUGUCUCCAAAGAUCAAGUUGUCAAGCUAGAGCAUGACCGAGAUGCACUUGAGCAGUCGUUCGCUGAGCUCCAGCAACAGCAGCGUGAACUGGAAACUGCGCUUCGGGAGCUGAAGGAGCAAAUUCCCCAACUCGAGACUAGGGCCCAGAAGAUCGCUCUGGAAUUGGAUAGUUUCGAUCGCAACAUUGCCGACUCCCACCGACGUAUCAAGGAGCUGAGCGCCGAACAAUCUACAACUAAGUCAGAUAAGGGCCGAAUCUUAGCACUUGAGAAGAGCAUCGCUUCUUUGAAGAAAGAGGUCUCAAAACUACAUGCUGAGACCGCAGAUGUGGAGGCCGAGAUCAAGGCCUUGCAAGACAAGAUUAUGGAAAUCGGCGGUGUCAAACUACGCAGCCAGAAGGCUAAGGUGGAUGGUUUGAAGCAGCAUAUCGAUACUCUCAGCGAAACAACAUCCACAGCGGAGGUGUCAAAGUCCAAGGCAGAGAAGCAGCUUGUAAAGUACCAAAAGGCAUACGCGGACGCUACAAAGGAGCUUGAGAAUGUCGCUGCUGAUGCAGAAAAGGUCGAGGAAGACAUGCAAAUUCAGAAACGCGACGCUGCAGGUACCCGGCAGCAGGCCGAGGAGGCACAAGAGGCUUUAGAUACGAGGAAAGAGGAGCUUCAUGCCGUUAAAAAGGAGCUUGAUGAGAAGACUGCCGAGCUCAAUGAGACGCGUGCCAUUGAAAUCGAGAUGCGCAACAAGCUUGAAGGUGGCCAAAAGAAUCUCAAUGAAUUCCAGAAGAAGCAGCGAUUCUUUCAGGAUAAAUUGGAUAAACUCUCAUAUCAGAACUUGAGCGAACUAGGAGAGGAGCAAGAAUCAGCAGGUCCCCCAACAUACUCCAAAGACGAGCUCCAGGAUAUGGACAAGGGCAGCCUUCAAGAAGAGAUUGCGAUCCUCGAGAAGAAGAACGAAAACACUAACGUUGAUCUCAGCGUCUUAGCUGAAUAUCGCAAGCGAGUCGAAGAACACGCGGCCCGGAGUCUCGACCUUGCAGACGCCGUCGCGCAACGCGACGCAGCCAAGAAACGAUGUGAUGAGCUUCGUCGACUGCGCUUGGAGGGCUUCAUGGAGGGCUUCAGCACAAUUUCCCUUCGGUUGAAGGAAAUGUAUCAGAUGAUCACUAUGGGAGGAAACGCUGAGCUCGAGCUUGUCGACUCAUUGGAUCCAUUUUCUGAGGGCAUCUUAUUCUCCGUCAUGCCCCCAAAGAAGAGCUGGAAAAACAUCUCUAAUCUCAGUGGCGGUGAGAAGACGCUUAGUUCGUUGGCGCUAGUAUUCGCACUGCAUCAUUACAAACCAACACCGCUGUAUGUCAUGGACGAGAUUGAUGCAGCCCUGGAUUUUAGAAACGUUUCUAUUGUGGCGAGCUAUAUCAAGGAACGGACCAAGAAUGCCCAGUUCAUUGUUAUCUCGCUUCGCAAUAACAUGUUCGAGCUCGCGUCGCGGUUGGUGGGCGUGUAUAAGGUUAAUCAUAUGACCAAGAGUGUAACUAUUGAGAACAAGGAUUAUCUCACUGGACGAGCAUAGACGGUGAUGCGCUUGGUUUGGGUGUUUUGGUGUUGGAUUAUCUGCAUUUUGGCAUGGAUAGGUUGGAUGUGAUGGGAGGCCUGGAUCAUAGAGGGUUGGAAGGGUAUGACAUUGUACGUGUGUGUUCAGGG